CUCAAAGAUGGAAGUAAUGUUGGGGAUUGUUUUAGCCAUCACCAUUUUCACAACCAUGGCAGCAGUGGCUUCAUCGGCAGCAUCUCCCGUGACAUUCGUCUUCGGUGAUUCGUUAACAGAAGUAGGGAACAACAAUUAUCUGCAGUAUUCUCUUGCCAAGUCAAAUUAUCCAUGGUAUGGGGUGGAUUAUGCUGGUGGUCAAGCUACUGGGAGGUUCACUAAUGGAAGGACCAUUGGACAGUACACUUACGAUGAAUUUGUGGAACUAUUAAUCACCACAUUAGAGGGGCAAUUUACGAGGCUCUACCAACUCGGUGCUCGAAAGAUGGUCUUCCAUGGUCUCGGCCCCCUUGGCUGCAUUCCUUCUCAGCGGGUGAAAUCAAAGACAGGACAAUGCUUAAAGCGAGUGAAUGAGUGGGUGCUAGAAUUCAACUCCAAAGUACAAAAGCUCGUUGCCACUCUCAACAGGCGCCUCCCAAAAGCAAAACUCUCAUUUGCAGAUACAUACGGAGAUGUUUUUGACUUGAUCAACAACCCUACUGCAUAUGGUUUCAAGGUUUCUAAUACAUCGUGUUGCAAUGUGGACACAUCACUCGGAGGGCUAUGCUUGCCUAAUUCUAAAAUGUGUAAAAACCGGAAAGACUACGUAUUCUGGGAUGCAUUCCACCCUUCAGAUGCAGCAAACGCAGUUCUUGCUGAUAAACUCUUCUCAAGACUAUUUCCUCAGCCCCCUUCCCUUGCACCGGCACCUUCACACUGA